UACAUCUUCAAAACCAUGGGUGGCUGUUUUAGUUUUCUAGUUUUGUAUGGUGUGAUUAAACUAGUGCAUGAGAUGUGGUGGAAACCAAGGAGAAUGGAGAAAAUGUUGAGGCAGGAAGGGAUAAGAGGCUCUUCAUACAGAGUCAUUAAUGGAGACAUAUCAGUGAUGAAUAAGUGUGACCAGGUGGCAGCUUCAAAGGCUAUCGCUCUCAACCACCAAAUCGUCCCUCGAGUCUUUCCUUUCUAUCACAACAUGAUUCAGCGAUAUGGGGAAGUUUCACUAAGUUGGUUUGGAAGAUUCCCAAGACUCAUAAUCGGAGACAACGAACUUGUUCGAUCGAUUUUAUUAAAUAAGAAGGGUCACAUUAGGAAGCCGCCACGUAGCCCCCUUGUUAAGCUCCUUGGCAUUGGAUUAACUUCGCUUGAAGGUGAUAUUUGGACUCAGCGCAGAAAAGUCGUAACUCCUGCAUUCCUCCACGACAAAUUGAAGGCAUUGGUUCCGUCUACGUUUCUACAUAGCUGUAGUGCCAUGAUAGAUCGGUGGCAAAAGCUAGUGGAACACAAAGGAUCUUGUGAGAUUGAUGCAAGUUCAGAAUUCGAUGUUCUCACGGGCGAUGUUAUUGCUCGAGCAGCUUUUGGAAGCAGCUACCAAGAGGGAAAGAAAAUCUUUGACCUACAACAUGAGAUUAGAUUCCUAGUCAAUGAAGCUGCCAACGCCAUUUAUAUCCCAGGCUUCAGAUUUAUACCAACACAGAAGAACAAGAGAAGGUACGAUCUGGAUGUUGAAAUCAAAUCUAUAUUGAUGGAUAUGAUUGAGAAGAAAGGGCAUGCAAUUAAGGACGGUAAAAUAGAAGGCAGUGAUUUGUUAAGUCUUCUACUAGAAUUUAAACAACACAAUAAUUCUCUCACAAAUGAGGAUAUAAUCGAAGAGUGCAAGUUGUUCUACUUUGCUGGCCACGUCACCACAUCCAAUCUACUUGCGUGGACUAUGGUGUGUUUGUCUAUGGAUCCUUUCUGGCAAGAAAAGGCAAGAGAUGAGGUACUUCAUUUGUUUGGUAAAAGAGCCCAACUUGAUUUUGAAGACAUAAAUCGCCUCAAGAUUGUGGCAAUGAUAUUGAAGGAAGUUUUGAGACUGUAUCCACCUCUACCAAUUUUGUACAGAUACACUAAGUGUGAAACGAAAAUAGGGAACAUGACUAUUCCAGCAGGUGUUGAACUUGUUCUACAAGUGUUGCAUAUUCAUCAUGAUAACAAAUAUUGGGAGAAGGCAGAAGAGUUUAAUCCAGCAAGGUUUGCUGAUGGGAUUUCAAAUGCUUCUAACGAAGAUCAUGCUGCUUUUUAUCCAUUUGGAUGGGGUCCAAGAAUCUGUGUUGGACAAAACUUUGCAUACUUGCAAGCAAAGAUGGCACUCUCUAAGAUUCUUCAAAAUUUCUCGUUCCACCUCUCACCCUCUUAUUCACAUGCUCCAUCUAACUAUCUUACUCUCAAGCCAAUACAUGGAGCUCCCGUUAUUAUUCAUCGCAUUUCAGACUCUUAAAGAAGCGAGUGGAGAAGAAAGAAGUGAAAAGGAGGAAGAGAAAAAAGAAGUAUAGUGAAAAUUUAAUUCUCUUUAAGGUAUUUGAAAGAAGAAAAU